UUCUUCCUCGCCUCUGGAGUUUCAAAAUCGCAAGGAAGAGGAUAGGAUAGAGAAGAACAAUGGCGCAGAUGGUUGCGAUGCCCGUAGCCCACUCCCUCUCACUCAUUUGCAAUUGGACUAAAUCAAAUCCUCUCACCCGCAACACCAUUGCUCUCCCACCUUCUUCUAACGCUCCCAACAAGCAGAGCUUAACCAUCAGAUGUGCUCGUGUUGGAGGUGUGGAGAUUCCGAGUAACAAGAGGAUUGAGUACUCUCUUCAGUACAUUCAUGGCAUUGGCCGAACUAGAGCUCGCCAGAUCCUCGUUGAUCUUCAGAUGGAGAACAAGAUUACUAAAGACAUGGCUGAGGAAGAGCUUAUUGUUCUUCGUGAUGAAGUCUCCAAGUAUAUGAUCGAGGGUGAUUUGAGGAGAUUCAAUGCUCUUGCUAUCAAGAGGUUGAAGGAGAUUCAGUGUUACCGUGGGGUAAGACACAUCCAAGGGCUGCCAUGUCGUGGACAGAGAACCAAGAACAACUGCAGAACUCUUAAAGGUAAGAAGAUUGCCAUUGCUGGCAAGAAGAAGGUUUCCAAAUAAUCUGAACGUGAUGUCUUGUAAUACUCUUUUGGUUCUGUCUUGUUUCUCUCUUUGAACUGUGAUUUGUAAUUGAGUUGAGCUCUUUCCAGACUAUCUUUAGCUGUGUCAUUGUUUCAUAUCUAAUGUUUAUAAUGCCAAAGAUGA